CAGAGCAUGCCUUCUGCUAUGAAGAUGGCAGAUAUGAAGGCGGUGAUUUGCAUCGCCGCGGUGACGGUUGUUUCACUGGUUCACCUUGUGGCCGCCACCGAUUACAUCGUCGGCAACCCAACCGGCGGCUGGCAGGGAAAGACGGACUACAAGUCCUGGGCUUCGGCCCAAACCUUUCUUCCCGGAGACACCCUGACAUUCAAGUACAGCUCGAACCACAACGUCCUUGAAGUGACCGCCGACGACUACGAAACGUGCUCCACGGCCAACCCCGUCAUCAUCGACAACAGCGGCACCACCACCAUUGCGCUCACGGCGCCGGGGAAGCGCUACUUCAUCUGCGGCGGGCCGGGCCACUGCCAGAACGGUAUGAAGCUGGAGGUGGAGGUCUCCGACCGCCCGGCACCCACGGCACCCAGCUCGCCGCCCCAGCUGCCACCGGCACCUACGCCGCCGUCACCAGUUCCGAGGACAUGGCCACCGUCUCCGGCACCCGCGGCUGAACCGCCAAGGCAUGCAGGGCACAAGAGGCACAAGAAGAGGCACUCCCCACCUCCAGCUGCGCCCACGGUGGAUCCUGCGGAAGCGUACUUCCCGCUCGCGACGCUGGCGCCGAUGUCCUCGCCAGCUGCCUCUCUGCCGAUGUCGUCGGACACUGCUGCCGCGUUGCAUGGACAGUGGGGCUAUGUCGCACUGGGGCUCGUAGCUCUCUGGUUCGCCGUUCAGGCUCUUUGAGUUUGCGAGGUUGUAGAUCAUACCAUCAGACGUGUUACAUCCCUGUUCUCGUCCAUUGUACUAGUAUUGUGUGUUCAGAUUGUGAGGUGAGAUUUGUUGAGAGACCUGAUAAUAAUAACCGCUCUUUAUUCCUCA